UCGUCCAUGUCUGCAAGACUCAAAGGAAGGAUAAUUUCAAGCUUCAAACUUUACGGUUUGUCACUACGUAGCGGCGCUGUCAAGUACCUCACAGACGUUUUGCAGCCUGUCUCAGAAGUAGAAGUAGAGAAGUGGCUGGACACGAUUGUCAACGGCGUUCAGAAACUUCCAUUAACAUCAUCAUUCAUUGAUCGCGAUUGCAUCGAGUUGGCAGUUCAAAAUUCUAGUGGUGGGACUGACAAAGAAAGCGACAAAGUCUUUGAAGUAAUCGAUGCUUUCAGGGUGCCAAGACUAAGCUACAACAUUGACAGGAAGAAGUUUGUUUUAAAUGAGGCUAUUGAAUCAGUACUAUGUCUUCAUGCGAGUGCUGAUGCUAAAGCAGAACUUUUUAAAGAACGCUUUACUGUUCUACAUCAGCGAACUUUGCGGCAUGAGCUUUUCACUCCUCCUGCAGCUGGAGCAUCAGUUGGGCAACAAAGCAAGAAGUUUCAGUUGAGGCCAGUUGAAUACCUUCUAGGCACCACCUCCAGGUUGGGAAGAGUUAUAGUACUAGGCAUGCUGAUACAACUGAAAGAGGGCAAAUACUUUUUAGAAGACCCAACAGGAUCAGUUGAACUCGACCUAUCACAAGCUACUUUUCAUACAGGCAUUUUUACUGAAUACUGCUUCGUAUUGGCAGAAGGGAUGUAUGAUGAUGGCAUCUUUCAUGUCUCAGCUCUCGGCUUUCCUCCUGCUGAAGCAAGCAAAGCAACAAGAAGUUACUUUGGGAAUAUGAAUUUCUUUGGUGGCUCUUCAGCUACGAGUGCCAAGAGUUCAUCUUACUUAGCAAAAGUUGAAGCCGAAAACCCUGAUGCUAUGUUUGUCUUCUUGUCGGAUGUGUGGUUGGAUCAACCUAAAGUGAUGGAUAAGCUGCGUGUACUUUUCUCUGGUUAUGCUGACAUGCUACCAACAGCCUUUGUGUUCUGUGGACACUUCUGUUCAGCUCCUUAUGGCCCAGAACAUGCUAGAACUGUCAAGAAAUGUUUUCGUGAAUUGGCUGAUUUAGUGUGCGAAUUCGAAUCUCUGGCUGAGAACUGCCGGUUUGUAUUUGUGCCAGGUCCAUUGGAUCCUGGUCCUGGAAACAUUCUUCCAAGACCACCAAUUCCUGACAUAUUAACAGAAGACAUCAGAGGUCGUUUACCGUUGGCUGUAUUUGCUAGUAAUCCAUGCAGGAUCCAGUUUUGUACACAAGAGAUCGUUGUAUUCAGAGAGGAUAUUACAAAUAAAAUGUGUCGUAACUGUGUACGAUUCCCAUCUGAUAAAGAAACUAUUCCAACUCACCUGGUGAAAACUGUAAAUGCACAAGCCCAUCUCUGUCCACUUCCUCUCCACGUGAGACCUCUAUAUUGGAGCUAUGACAAUGCCUUGCGGGUGUACCCCUUGCCUGAUCUGAUUGUGUUUGCUGACAAAUACGAUCCAUUCCAAGUUGAGAAUGCUGACUGCAUAAGCAUCAACCCCGGUUCUUUUCCAAAGACAAAAUUUCAAUUCAAAGUCUAUUGGCCUCAACGAAGACUGGUGGAAGACAGUCAAAUUCCCGAUUAGUGGAUGGAAAGUGCUCAACUGGACAUAAUUAACUGUCAGGCUGAUUAGAGUAGGAAUCUGUAAUAGAUAUGAAUGAACUUGUCUGAUAACAAUCAUCUGAGUUAACACUACUACUACUGUGUUUUUGGUAGUCCACUUGGUCCAAG